AAUCACUCAUUAUAAACAACCAAAUAUAUAGCGGGCAAUCAAAAACUACGAUCCGUCGCCAAAAAUACAAAGAUCAAUUGUUCUAAUUCAGAUCAUAUUCCACAAAUCUUUCCAAAUCAUCAUAAAUGCAAGGCUAACAUUUUCCUUGUUCUAGUCUAAUGUUACACCCAAAGUCCAAAGUCGCAACAAUACCCUCACAAAUUCCUCACCACCUUUUGACCAAGUCACCUAAGAAAAACAAAAAAAUUGUGAUAACAAUAAUUGCAUAAAAACUAACACAUAAAAUCUUUUCCAACCCAUAAAAAAAAACACGUAAGUGCUGGAAUUAGCUUGCUUUUUUAUACUACUUAGUCUUAUUUUUCCCACUAACCAACUUUCAUAAAACAUGAUCAUCAAAUAAAAACACACACAAAGACUUUUCUCUCUCCUCAUACUCUGUUUUCUUCUUCUUCCCAACCACACAACAAAACCCACAAAUUUCCAUGGCUGCUGAAUUCCAAACUCGAACAUCGUAUGAGCGAACAACGAACAAUUUACAGCUUGAUCUUUAUCACGGUGGCGGUAAGAAUACUUGGAAUGAUCGAAGAAGUUACACUUUAGAUCACCAUAACAAUGAUGAUAUUUAUAACAACAAUCAUAAUGUUUAUGAGAAUCAAUUUGAUAAUAAGCUGAAGAAAUCGAAAACGUUUUCGAAUUCGAAAGUUUGGUGCUUUAGUGAUCCAGAGUUUAAGAGGAAGAAAAGGGUUGCAAGUUAUAGAGCUUAUACUGUUGAAGGAAAAGUCAAAGGGUCAUUCAAGAGGAGUUUCAAUUGGUUAAAGGAGAAAUUGUUAUAUGGAUUUUGGUGACUAAUUAUGAUUUGGGUUGAUUUUAUUGUAAGUUUUUAAUUUUAUUAAUUUGCCAUUUUAAUCUUAAAUUUUGUAUUUUGUUGUUUGCCUAUAUAAUACAAAAAAUUGUGUAUUUGUGUAUUUUUCCUCUUUCAAAAAAAAAAAACAUGUUGUAAAAUUAAAACAUUCAUUAUAUAUACAUAUGAUUAGCCAAUUUUAGUAGUUGAAUUCA